AUAGGUCCUCAAUUUCUCCAUCUUAACGUCGAAAUAAACCUAUACCUCCGACAUCCCUUCCUUCGUAGCGGUUGCAUUAGCAGGUAAUUGAAAAUGCCACGGAAAAAGACAACAAAAAAAACGAGUAAAGGAAAAGUCGUAGCUCCUCACGUUGACCUUGGUAUUUUUGCUAAACGGGCUAUUACAGUAGAGCGGGCUGUCAAGUUGAAGGAGUUAACUCAUACUGACAUUCCAACAAUUGUGGGCCACUUGCAUAUCCAAAACCUAAUUGAACGGGAAGGGAAGGCCAAUGUCAACCUGGUACGGGAGUUCUUUGGUAGCAUACAAAAGCCAACUGAUACAGAGAACUUGAUUCUGAAAACAAAACUGAGGGGGAAAGAUGUGGUGUUUUCCGCGGAUUGCAUAUCAAAAUUCUUAGACAUUCAGCGACCAACACAUGAUGACAAAACACAAUAUCCAUACCUUCCUGGUGUUGACCUUCCUAAUGAAGCCCAAAUUAUUGAUGAUUUGUACAUUGAAGGAGUCAUACCAGAAGACAAGUAUCAUGUAAAGUUCCUGAAGCCUGACCUUGCUGUUCUUCAUCUUAUAUUGUGGUACAAUCUUGACCCAAGGGGGGUGAAAUCCACUUUUGACCAUGAACGAGCACUCAUGUUGUAUGCUAUCCAUAAUUUCAGCCCUCUAGAUGUUCCGAAGAUAAUUUGGCAAGUUGUGGAUUUUGUCGCAAAAGCAAACAAUCCACAUGCAGCAUUACCAUUUGGCCUCCUCGUGACUGAUAUGCUACUUGAGCUUCGUGUACCGACUCGACCAGAUGAUGAAUGGAAGGGGCAGAUGAGCCACAUAGGUCGUGGAACAUAUGGGAAAACACAAGGGCAAAGUCGAAAGCAUCGUGAAAGACAAGAUCCUACUUCAUUGGAGAGCAUAUCAACUCGUCUGUACGAGGCUGUGUCCAUAUUGAACCGGAUGGAGUUGCAGCACAAGAAAGACAUGAGGAAGGUCAAGUUAGAACCAAAACAAAUGCGGAAAGCCUUUUGUGGUGAAGAUUUUGAGAAUUCAACUAGUUCUAAUGAUAGUGAGCACGAAUCUAAUGGGUCCAACCAUGAUGACAGCCAACAAAUGGACACAGACAAUGAUGGUUGAACAAAGUUUGCAAUGCCAAUGAUUUAGCUGACACUGUUACAUUUUUUUGCAUACAGUGUUACUUUUUUUGUGCAGAAAGUGUUAACUUCUUUUUACAAACAAUGUUACUUUUUUGUGCAAACAGUGGUGGUACUUUGUUCAUCCCAUACUUUUGCGAAUAGUGUUACUUUUUGUCCCAUUUAUUAUGAAAACAAAAUUGAAACAAUGUUAGAAUUCA